AUGGCGAGCGACGACGAGGAGGUGUGCGACUACUUCUACGACGACGACGACGCCGAGGAGGACGCCGCCGCCGGCCUGGAGGAGGACUCUUCGCCGCCGCCGCCGCCGGACGGCGCGGACUACUGGGCUAUCACACAAGAGACCAUUUCCGCUGCACAGAAACAAGACCUGUCUACGGUGAUGAAUUUGCUCAACAUAAAACAAUAUCAAGCACGAGCCCUCCUCAUCCACCACCGGUGGAGGAUCGAUGGCAUCUACGAUUCCCUAGACAAGGGGCGAGAAUGCAUGCUCAGAAAUGCAGGAAUCGUGCUGCAGGAGAAUAAUAGCAUGGCGGCAGCUGGUUCAACGACACCAUGGAGAACCGUGACCUGCAAAGUGUGCUUCGAGGACUUCUCCUUGGGUGCUGUUUCGACUAUGGACUGUGGGCAUUGCUUCUGCAAUGACUGUUGGACGGGACAUUUCCACGCAGCAGUAGAGAGUGGAAAAAAGCAAAUUCGGUGCAUGGAGGUCAAGUGCUCGGCUUUCUGUGAUGAGAACCUAGUGCGGUUUCUCCUUGGCCAAAAGUAUCCAGACAUGGCCAAGCGGUUCAAUCGCUUCCUGCUUGAGUCCUACAUUGAGGACAACGCCUCUGUGAAGUGGUGCCCCAGCACCCCAAACUGUGGCCAUGCCAUCCGCGUGGGCACCGGCGAGCGCUACUGCGAGGUGGAAUGCCCCUGCGGCUUAAGCUUCUGCUUUAACUGCAUGGCGCAUGCGCAUUCGCCCUGCCCGUGCCCCAUGUGGGAGAAAUGGAAUGCCAAGCGCUCCGAGGGAGAGAACAUCAAGUGGAUCCUCGCCAACACCAAGAGCUGCCCCAAAUGCUUCAAGGCCAUUGAGAAGAACGGCGGCUGCAACCUUGUCCGCUGCAAGUGCGGCCAGUGUAUGUGUUGGCUCUGCGGCGGAGGUACCGGCAUGGAUCACACGUGGACCAGCAUUGCCGGCCACAGCUGCAACCGCUACAAGGAGGAGAGCCGUGGAAAGACGGUGGACACCAGCAGGGAGCAGAUGCAGCGGUAUAAGCACUACCACGACCGGUUCAAGAUCCACGGCGACUCGUACAGCGUGGAGAAGCAGAAGCUGGGGGCGACCAUCGAGGAGCGGGUGCGGCUGCUGGAGUCGGACCAGGAGCGCCCGCUCGCCAUCCGGGACGGCGACUGGCUGACCCGGGCGCACCGGCGGCUGCUGGUGUCGCGGCAGGUGCUGUCGCGGUCGUACGUGUUCGCGUACUACAUGUUCGGCGGCGGGAGCGAGCUGCGGACGGCGACGGCGAAGCGCGCUGGCGCGAGCCUGCUGGGCGUGGCGCGGAACCUGUUCGAGGACCAGCAGGAGCAGCUGGAGCAGCACGUGGAGCACCUGUCCAGGUCGCUGGCCGAGGGCGACGCCGUGGCGGGGACUCCCGAGGCGGAUAUCGUGCGGCAGAAGCAGACGGCCGUCACGCUCGCCAAGACCGUGGAGCGGCUGUGCGGGGAGAUGUACAAGUGCAUCCAGGACGAGCUGCUGACGCUGCUCGCGGAGCCCAUGAGCAUCGCGGCCUACAGGCCGGACGGCCCCGACCGAGCCAAGGAGCUCGCGCCCUGA